AUGUCUGCCUAUACUCUGAACGUCUCUUUAGGAUCCACUGUAAUUCCUUAUGGACUAAUUGCUCAAGCCGCAUUCGCGGAUAUCGAAACAUCUUUUCAGGAGACCUCGGAUCAUGAAGUCUCUCUUAGCCACAAUGGCGAAUUGGUGACUGAUCAGGCACAAAUCGCCUCCAUACUAGCCGGAAAAGCUGCAGUUAUUGAAGGGAGUUCGAAGGGAUAUAAGACUUACGGCCUUCGUAAUCAGGCUCCUGAAUUUCUUCGCAUCGCCAAUGAACUAAAAGGCGCUCAAGGAUUCCCUCAGAUCGUGGCAACCUUAGAUACCCUAGAUGAUUACUUGGCCUUCCGAGCAUUCUUUGUCGGCUAUUCAUUAUCCUCUGUUGAUUUAGCUGUCUGGGGAGCGUGCAAAGGAAGUGGACAAGUUCUUGGGAUACUUAAAAGAAACCAGCACCCUCAUCUCUCAAGGUUCUACAACUACGUCAAUGAACUUCCAUUUGUCCAGCAAGUAUUGACAUCAAUUAAUACGGCUAAGCAGAAGAAGUAUUUCGCCAAAGCCUACAAGGGCAAACUUCUCAUUCGGUUCGAUGACACCAAUCCCGCGAACGAAAAGGAAGAGUUUGAGAAGACGAUCACUGAAGACUUGGAUUUGAUGGAGAUCAUCGGCGACUGUGUUUCCCAUAGCUCCGAUUAUUUCGACCUUCUUGCCGAUUAUGCUGUGAAGAUUAUCGAGGCAGGGAACGCUUAUGCAGAUGAUACUGACGGUGCUACAAUGAAAGAAGAGAGGAUGCACGGAAUCGCGUCGAAGAACCGUGACAAGUCCGUUCAGGAGAAUUUGGCGAUCCUGGAAGAAAUGAAAAAAGGAACCCCAGAAGGUCAACGCUGGUGCAUCCGAGCCAAGAUCAGCGUGGAUGACACAAACAAGGCCAUGAGGGAUCCGGUGAUCUACAGGUGCAACGUUGAGACGCCACAUCACCGAACGGGGGAUAAAUGGAAAAUGUAUCCGACAUAUGACUUUACCUGUCCCAUCCUCGACUCCAUCGAAGGAAACUCUUGGGUUGAGACCGUGUACAAUCUGGGACUUCAGAGAAAAUUGAAAAAGUUUGUGGAGGAGGGUUUGGUUUGGGGGUGGGAUGAUCCACGCUUCCCGACUAUUCGUGGAUUGAGGCGGAGGGGGAUGACCGCUGAAGCUCUGAGACAGUAUAUUCUUGGACUUGGAGCUUCGCAGUCGAUUUUGCAAUUGGAGUGGGACGCAUUAUGGGCCACGAACAAAAAGGUCAUUGAUCCCAUCGCACCUCGCUAUUACGCCGUAGAACAGCAAGACAG